GGACUGAAUGCCUCUUGACCCCAAAUUUUAACUUCUUCAAAAUCCUCUUCCAUGUGGCCUCGUAGUUAACGCUUACAUUUAAAAAAAAAUUACCUAAGUAGUUCGUACCCUCGAGUGUCUGUAACCAUUUAGGUAAAGGACCCCCGGUGUGGGGUCGGCGGGCCUGAUCUCCGCUCCGCAGCUUCCUUCUUGGGGUGAUUGCGAAGAUUCAGGGAUGACACAAGCAAAGCCCUAAACCCGGGGUAGUUAUUAUAUUUACUGUAAGAAAUUUUCAAUGCAGCAAAAAGAAAAUGCAAAUUUCUGAGGCUGUUGAGAACCGUUCACAUAGCAGCUUCCGGAAUCCGGUCUUGAAUGAGCAGAUCAGAAAGAACACGCACUCCUUGGCGCAGGGAAAGACACAGCAGCUUCCGGAAUCCGGUCUUGAAUGAGCAGAUCAGAAAUAACACCCACUCCUUGGCGCAGGGAAAGACACAGCACGCACUCUAGGACCCGAGGCAGAAGUUAGCGGUGGGCGGGGCAAAGAGAAGGGGGCGGGACCUUUCCGGGGCCGGGCUAGCGACCUGGACGGCAGCGGCGUAGUCCCGCCCCCAGCGUUGGCGCGAGAUCCGAACGUCGCCGGCAGCGAUUCUGUGGUUCCCUGAGGCGUCGGGAUCCCGCGCUGGUAUCUUGCUGGCUUACUCUCCUCGGCGACCAUGAGGCGGACAGGCCCCGAAGAGGAGGCCUGCGGUGUCUGGCUGGACGCGGCGGCGUUGAAGAGGCGGAAAGUGCAGACACAUUUAAUUGAACCAGGCACCAAAAUGUUAACACUCCUUCCUGAAGAAAGACAGACUAAGGUUUCUUUUAAUCAAAGCAGAGCUCCAUCUACAGGCAUUUGCCAGAGAAGCAUUGCUUCCUUCUUCACCUUGCAGCCAGGAAAGACAAAUGGUAGUGACCAGAAGAAUGUUUCAUCUCAUACAGAAAGUCAAAUCUCGUACAGAAAGUUCAUCUCAUACAGAAAGUCAAAUGGACAGAAAGAGUCCAAGAAAAAUGCUACCCAGCUGGACUGUCUGAUCCCAGGCUUAGCACAUGAUUGCAUGGCAUCCCCGUUAGCCACUUCGACCACCGCAGACAUCCAGGAAGCUGGACUUUCUCCUCAGUCCCUCCAGACUUCUGGCCACCACAGAAUGAAAACCCCAUUUUUGACUGAGCUGUCUUUGCUCCAGCCUGAUACUCUAGACUGUGCUGGAGAGAGUAAUGCCCCACUGGCUUUAUCCUUCACUGAGGACUUGGAAAGUUCUUGUUUGCUGGACCAAAAGGAAGAAAAAGGGGAUUCUGCCACGAAAAGGGAAUGGCUUCAUAGAUCUAAGAAAAACUAUCAGGGUAUGGAGAAACAUACCAAACUAUCUGAGGAAAAAUGCUGUCAGCCCUUAGGCAAGACUAAAUUGGAAAGGAAGGUGUCUGCCACAGAAAACAGGCAGGCCCCUGUCCUCCUUCAAACCUACAGGGAAUCCUGGAAUGGAGAAAACAUAGAAUUAGUGAAACAAAGCCCUUGUCCUAUUUCUCUGUUUUCCUGGGAUAAUGAAACGAAUGACAAGGACUCCUGGAGUCAACUUUUCACUGAAGAUUCUCAAGGCCAGCGGGUCAUUGCCCACAACACUAGAGCUCCUUUUCAAGAUGUAACCAAUAACUGGAAUCAGGACUUAGGGCCAUUUCCUAACAGUCCUUGGGCUCAGUGCCAGGAGGAUGGGCCAACUCAAAAUCUGAAGCCUGAUUUGCUCUUUACCCAGGACUCUGAAGGUAAUCAAGUUAUCAGGCACCAAUUCUAAAUGUUUUUAUGAAGCUUUGUUUCUAAAAGUACCCUGAAAUGACAGAGAUGUAGGAAACUAUAGUUGUGGGUGGAGAGAGGAGUGAGUUUGUUUAGUUGGGAAGGUGGCAUGGGAUAAAGUUGUCAUUACUGAGCAUCUUCUGUGUAAGUAAAGCAGGCAGUACCAUUGUUAAGACA